AUGCCCAACUUCCAAACACCUAUUAGGAACGUCGAAUUAAAAGAAAGAAAGAGAAUUAGCUAUUCUUUAAGUAACAACAGAAAGCAGAAUUUGCAAAAGUUAAUCAAUGAAAGGAGUAAUCUUGAAAAAAAUGAAGCAAUUAACAAAUUAGGUGGUGUUUUAAAGGCUACAUCUAUUGAAAGCCAAAUAGUCUGCUUAGAAAGAGAUCAAUUGGUUGAUUUAAUAUUGGUUGCAUGUGCCGAUUAUCCCGAGUUUUGUAAAAAAAUUCACUGUCAUCUAUUAAAAAUAUUCAUUAGCUCAAUAUUUCAACAUAUUACUAAAGUAAUACAUAAACUCUUCAUAAUAUACAUUUAA